GCCCCCUAUUUUCUCAUUCAAACAACAGUUUCCCGUAAAAUCUUUUUGUUUCACUAUUUCAAUGGCGCCAAAGGCCGAGAAGAAGCCAGCGGAGGAGAAAAAGACUACGGUGGCGGAGAAGGCUCCAGCCGAGAAGAAGCCGAAAGCCGGAAAGAAGCUGCCGAAGGAAGCCGCUGCCGGUGAUAAGAAGAAGAAGCGCGCGAAGAAGGGCACGGAGACGUACAAGAUCUACAUAUUCAAAGUCCUCAAACAAGUCCACCCAGAUAUCGGAAUCUCGUCUAAGGCUAUGGGAAUCAUGAACAGUUUCAUCAAUGAUAUUUUCGAGAAGCUUGCUCAGGAAGCCUCUAGGCUGGCAAGGUACAACAAGAAGCCAACUAUUACUUCUAGGGAAAUUCAGACCGCAGUGAGGCUUGUACUUCCCGGUGAGCUGGCUAAGCACGCCGUUUCAGAGGGUACCAAGGCCGUUACAAAGUUUACUUCUUCUUAAAGUAGUUUUAGGUGUUGUUUUGUGAAGGAAUGUGUUAGCGAUGAUUACUGUUUUUUUUUUCUCUUUUUUUGGGAUAAAUGGUUUGUGAUGAUGAUGUAAGUACUUUUCAUGGCUAACUUAAAGUGUUUCUUUUAGAGAUGGUUGAAAUUAAGUGGAAAAUUUACUUA